AUGACAAUGUGUAAGGACAAAAGCAUCCUACGCAAUGGCUACAGCAAGUGCAAAGGCCCAGAGGCAGGUUGCUGUGGGGACCUGUUGCUGCUGCUGCUGCUGGCUGGGUUGCUGCCCCUGAGUGGUGGCUGCCCGAGGGACUGCGUGUGCUAUCCAGCGCCCAUGACAGUCAGCUGCCAAGCACACAAUUUUGUUACCAUCCCUGAAGGCAUCCCAGAGGACAGCGAGCGCAUCUUCCUGCAGAAUAACCGCAUCACCCUUCUCCAACAGGGCCACUUCAGUCCGGCCAUGGUCACCCUGUGGAUCUACUCCAACAAUAUCACCUUCAUCGACCCCAACACCUUCGAGGGCUUUGUGCAUCUAGAGGAGCUGGACCUUGGUGACAACCGCCAGCUUCGAAUGCUGGCACCUGAGACUUUCCAGGGCCUGGUGAAACUUCAUGCCCUCUACCUCUAUAAGUGUGGGCUCAGUGCCCUGCCGGCGGGCAUCUUUGGUGGCCUACACAGCCUGCAGUACCUCUACCUGCAGGACAACCACAUCGAGUACCUCCAGGAUGACAUCUUUGUAGACCUGGUCAACCUCAGCCACCUAUUCCUCCAUGGCAACAAGCUGUGGAGCCUGGGCCAAGGCACUUUCCGGGGCCUGGUGAACCUGGACCGCCUGCUGCUACAUGAGAACCAGUUGCAAUGGGUACAUCACAGGGCCUUCCAUGACCUCCGCAGGCUGACCACCCUCUUUCUCUUCAACAACAGCCUCUCUGAGCUGCAGGGGGACUGCCUGGCACCCCUGGGGGCCCUGGAGUUCCUCCGCCUAAACGGGAACCCCUGGGACUGUGGCUGCCGGGCACGAUCCCUGUGGGAAUGGCUGCGGAGGUUCCGCGGCUCCAGCUCCACUGUCCCUUGUAUGUCCCCUGAGCUGCAGCAUGGCCAGGACCUGAAGCUACUGAGGCCUGAGGACUUCCGGAACUGCACAGGGCCAGCGUCCCCACACCAGAUCAAGUCUCACACGCUCACCACCACCGACAGGGCUGCCCGCAAGGAGCAUCAUCCAGCCCACAGCCCCGCCAGGGACAAGGGCACCAGGAAGCUAGGCAAGAACUGUACCAGCCACAGGAAUCGGAAUCAGAUCUCUAAGGCGGGCACUGGGAAGCAGGCUCAUGAGUUGCAGGACUAUGGCCUUGACUACCAGCACAAGUUCCACUUUGACAUGAUGCCCACCACACGGCCCAAGAGGAAGGGCAAGUGUGCCCGCAGGACCCCCAUCCGCGCCCCCAGUGGGGUGCAACAGGCCUCCUCGGCCACAUCCCUGGGGGCCUCACUCCUGGCUUGGAUACUAGGGCUGGUGGUCACUCUCCGCUGA